CAACUACCACCGCCGACAACAUCGACAAGGACAGCAACAAUGGAUGACGCCUGGCAAUCACAAGAUAUUGCACCUUCUGGGAUUAGCAUUCCCACGCACGAGUCGAAUAUGAAUGGUGGACCUGCUGGUAGGGAGGAGCAAAACUGGAAUGGGAGUGCUCGCUCGCCCGGUAGGGACCGUGGGGGCGAGCCUCCUAGGCGCUCUAGCCGCAGCAGGAGUCCGGUACGAGACGAUAGAGGUCGAGGUGGCGACGGUGGGGGCGGUGGUCACAACCCUGGAAACAAUCUUCACGUUUCGAACUUGAGUCACCGUGUUGAUACCCGUGACCUUGAGCAAGCAUUCGCUAAAAUUGGCCGUGUCAAGAAGGCCUCGGUCAUGUAUGACCCGCAUACCCGCGAGUCUCGUGGGUUCGGAUUUGUCACCAUGGAGACUUCUGAGGAGGCGGAUGCUGCCAUCACCGCGCUCAAUGCGACUGACCUCAUGGGGAAGACUUGCACCGUAGAAAGGGCCCGUCGAGGACGUGCACGUACUCCGACACCCGGAAGGUAUUACGGUCCCCCUAAACGCCAUGACAAUGAGCGCCCAUACGAUCCGCGUCCUUACGACAGCCGUUAUUCCCGGGACUACGAUGACCGCCGUCGUGGAGGAGGUCGUCCUGAUGAUCACCGAGGAGGUGGUAGGGACUACGAUCGUGGUGGCGAUCGUGGCGGCUACCGUGACUAUGACCGAGGAUACAGUGGCGGCGGAGGCGGAGGCGGCGGUCGUGACUAUGAUCGUGGUGGUCGCGACUACGACAGGAGAUACUAAAUGUACCCGCUCUGAACAUGGACCGACCAUCUUUGCGUUGCGUUUUGCUUUCGUUUUUGUUCUAUGUAUUCCAUAAGUAACUUGCGCGUGGUGAAUCAAGCUUGUUGUCUGAUGGA